GGGGCCUCGCCGCGCUCAUAUUACGGGCCGGCCGCUCGGAGUGCCACUCAGCAAGUAUGGCCGGAGACAGCGAGACGCAUUUGAAGGACCGCGGCGACAACACCAGCGUGGUUCGACAGCCUUUCCUCAUCGGCGUCUCCGGGGGCACCGCCAGCGGCAAGUCGUCGGUAUGUGAGAAAAUCAUGGAGCUGCUGGGGCAGGACAAGAUAGACCACCACCAGAGGCAGGUGGCGAUCCUCAGCCAGGACAGCUUCUACAAGGUGCUGACCCCAGAGCAGAAGGCCAAGGCUUCAAAGGGACAGUUCAACUUUGAUCAUCCAGAUGCCUUUGACAAUGAGCUAAUCAUGCAGACACUCAAGGACAUCCUGCAGGGCAAGACUGUCCAGAUCCCUCUAUAUGACUUUGUUACUCAUUCCAGGAAAGAGGAGUUUAUCACGGUGUAUCCGGCGGAUGUGGUCCUGUUCGAGGGGAUCCUCAUGUUCUACUCGCAGGAGAUUAGAGAUCUGUUCCAGAUGAAGCUGUUUGUUGACACAGAUCCAGACACACGCCUCUCCCGCAGAGUUUUGAGAGACAUCAGUGAGCGUGGACGAGAGCUGGAGCAAGUGCUAGCUCAGUACAUUACUUUUGUGAAACCGGCCUUUGAGGAGUUCUGUUUACCAACAAAGAAGUAUGCAGAUGUGAUUAUUCCACGUGGAGCAGAUAACCUUGUGGCGAUCAACUUGAUAGUACAGCACAUCCAGGACAUUCUGAACGGCGGGCUGAACAAGCGUCACAAUGGCUGCCUGAACGGCCACAGUACCCCACGUCAGCGGAGGACCUCCGAGUCCAGCAGCCGGCCUCAUUGACCUCGCCACACCCCUCUCACAGUGCUGAGAGGGGUGUGGGGGGUUGUGCUGUAAAUAAUGCCUGUUGAAAUCACUGUAUUUAAGAAAAGUGGGAAGGAAAAAAAAACAAUGUAAAGAAUUGAAAUGCCUUUUAUUAUACGAUGACUACUCUCGUUCUUAGUUCCUUUUUGCCGUAAUUGUUGGACGUAGGAUGCAGAUUUUUGUCAGGAGGGUAAAAGAGAAGCUCUUCUCGAUAUGAGACCAUGGGUUUUACAUUGACCCUUUCAUUUUUCUCCCAUAUUGCAUUAUGUUUUUUUUUAUGUAUCCCCUGCUGCUCCAUGGAAAUUCAUGCCGAUAAUGAAUAAAAAAGGGGGAAACCUUUU